CAAUUUCAUGAGUUGGGAGUGGUCUAUUAGAAGCGCUGCAGAUGGUGACAGGCUAAAUUCUUCCGCUACAGAUGAUAGCAGCAGUGGAACUCGACUUGUUAGGGCUAUCCAAGCCAUUCGGGUCAAGUUAGAAACAAGAAUCAGGGAGUUAAGGAAGAAUUUCCCUAUGAAGUUACUCUUCUUCUUGAUGGGAUUUUACAGUGCAACUGCCUUUGCCACUGUUAUUGGGCAAACUGGUGACUGGGAUAUUCUAUCUGCUGCAUUAGCCGUUGCUGUAGUGGAGGGAAUUGGAGCUCUCAUGUAUAAAGCUUCUCUGCCUUUGAUUGGCAAGUUGAGGGGCUUAAUCAUCAUGUUUAAUUAUUGGAAAGCUGGACUUUCUCUUGGUCUUUUUCUUGAUUCCUUCAAGUACUAGAUGGGAGACAUCAAACUCUUUAUGAAGC